AUGGAUUACUCGGAGGUAGACGAAGAUGAUGAGGAUUUAUACGAAGGGUUAGAGGCUGACAAUUUGCUGCAGGGAUCAUACGAAAAAAGAAUCGAAGAAAAAAAAAAGGAAGUCGAAAGGGCGCCCGUCAAGCCGAAAGAGCAAUUUUUUGACAAGUCGAGAAAAAAUUUAUACAAAAAGUUAAGCGGUGCUAAGGCAGUGUACACCAAAAAGGAACCCUGCUUAUUUCUCGGAGCCCCCCAAGUGAGCGAAGACGCAGAGGAGGAAAACCAAAAUGUGGAGUUCUUAUUACUAGUCAAUUUAUUGUACUUUAUAAAUGAUGUGGUGAUAAAAAAUUUUUGCGAUAAAAUCGGGAAAGUGAAAAGAGUAGUUAUUCUGGAGGAUGAUAAAUAUGGGAAAUCCUUAGGGAUAUGUUUGGUAGAAUUUUAUAGCAUAGAUUCGUCACAAAAUUAUGUAGCUUUUUUGAAAGAGAAGCUGAAAGCAGAUGUGAGGAGGGUAAGCCCGGACGUAGAGGAACAAAUAAAAGCUGAUGAGCUGUACAACUAUGGAGGGUAUAUGAAUAGCCACACGGUAGAACUAAUAAAGAGAGAUAAUUUGGAUGUUUUGCAGUGCACGGAAAAUAUUCAUGAAGCUUUAAGUAAAUCACUAAACUUGAAUAAGCACCCGAUUUUUAGUUGGUUUAAUACCAGCAUGAAAGAUGUCCUCAGUACAUACGUUAAGUCCGAAUUAAAAAAAAAAAAAAAAACGCCAUCAUUAAUAAUGAUUACAUGGAUCGGAAAAACGAAAGCGACUCCGAUUCUGGAAGUGAUAUAUCCGCGCACAUCAUAG